AUGUCAACUCCUGCACAAAAAGCCAACCUCGCUCGCAUCCGAGACAACCAGAGAAGAUCUCGAGCUCGGAGGAGGGAGUACAUCGCCGAGCUUGAGCAACGACUUAGAAACUUUGAGCUCGAGGGGGUUUCUGCGAGUUCCGAGGUCCAACUUGCAGCCAGGCGUGUGGCCGAAGAGAACAGACAGCUCCGAGAGCUUCUUCACAAGCACGGCUUCCAAGACGAAUACAUUACUCAGUUCCUUUUGCAGCAGGGCGGAUCGGCGGACCCCAGUUCAGGACACCGGUUCAGCACUGGUGAUCAUGUUCAGGCGCUUCAACAGGUCAUUACUCCUCGAAGGCCCGUAUCGUUGGACUCUGGAGUUCCCUUUCCACUGCCUAGCCAGGUGACUAGGGAAAUGCCAACGGCGAGUCUAUCGACGCCCAGCGCAGCGUCCUGGGAUCCUCAGCAGGUAGCAAUGUCGUCGUUUGGGCAUCCCCAGGUAGUGACGCCUGUAUCGCAUCCUUACGCCUCGCCAGCAUUCACGGAAGGGCCCGCGGCAUCUCUGAGGCAAUCUUCCUUCCAAGCUCUCAAUCCUCCAAGCUCGCUGCUUGGCGACGUCUCUCAACAUGGCGGGACGACUCCAGCAGGCGGAGAUAACACUGCAGGCAUGAGCUACCUUUCCAUAAAUCCUUAUCACAAUCCUUCAGGCCGCGACUUUCCUCCUCAGCCUCCUCCUCCACCACCGCCUCCCCAGGGACCCGACUAUUAUUGA